UCGCCGGCGAGUUCCACGCGCAGAGAUCAAAUAAAGUUGUGAUCUUGCUGCUGCCAAUGGCUUGUACUAUUAUGGCUUUGAACUCUACUAUUUUUGGCAAAAAGAUUGAAUUAAGCAAUCCGGUAGAAGCAAAUAAAGGUCGAAGGCGAGCUUUAAGCAGAACUCUUGCAGUAAUGGCACCAACGCAACCUCGGCGAUCUCCAGCUUCCACCGGCUCAGUGAAGCAUGCUAUGACCAUGACUGAAAAGAUCCUGGCGAGGGCUUCGGAGAGGUCGAGUUUGGAGCCCGGAGACAAUGUUUGGGUGAAUAUUGAUGUGUUGAUGACCCAUGAUGUUUGUGGGCCGGGAACAAUUGGGAUCUUCAAGAAGGAGUUUGGGCAGAACGCUAAGGUUUGGAAUCGUGAGAAGAUUGUUAUCAUACCUGAUCAUUACAUUUUUACUAGCGAUGAACGUGCUAAUAGGAAUGUUGAUAUAUUGAGGGACUUCUGCAAUGAACAGAAUAUUAAGUACUUUUAUGACAUCAAAGAUCUUGGAAAUUUCAAGGCCAAUCCAGACUAUAAAGGUGUUUGCCAUGUUGCUCUUGCCCAAGAAGGGCACUGCAGACCUGGGGAGGUUUUGCUUGGCACAGAUUCCCACACCUGUAACGCUGGAGCAUUUGGCCAAUUUGCUACUGGUAUUGGUAAUACUGAUGCAGGUUUCGUCAUGGGCACGGGAAAACUUCUGCUCAAGGUUCCCCCUACUUUGAGAUUUAUAUUGGAUGGAGAAAUGCCUGAUUAUUUGCUUGCCAAGGAUUUGAUCUUGCAGAUUAUUGGUGAAAUCACUGUUGCUGGUGCAACAUACAAAUCCAUGGAGUUCAUUGGCUCUACUGUUGAAAAUUUAACUAUGGAAGAGCGAAUGACCUUGUGCAACAUGGUUGUGGAAGCCGGAGGUAAAAAUGGAGUUGUCCCUGCAGACGCAACUACAUUCAAGUACCUUGAGGAUAAGACGUCCAUGACUUAUGAACCAGUUUACAGUGAUCAGGAUGCCAGAUUUAUUCGUGAUUACAAGUUUGACGUCUCCAAGUUAGAACCAUUGGUUGCAAAGCCACAUUCUCCUGAUAACCGUGCUUUAGCAAGAGAAUGCAAAGAUGUGAAAAUUGAUAGAGUAUAUAUAGGCUCAUGUACUGGUGGGAAGACUGAGGAUUUUCUUGCUGUUGCAAGGGUUUUUCUAGCUUCGGGGAAAAAGGUGAAAGUUCCCACUUUUCUUGUGCCUGCCACACAAAAGGUUUGGAUGGAUAUAUAUGCACUCCCAGUUCCAGGUUCUGGGGGCAAGACUUGCUCUCAAAUAUUUGAAGAAGCUGGUUGUGAUACUCCCACAAGUCCUAGCUGUGGAGCUUGUUUGGGUGGGCCCCGAGACACUUACGCCCGAAUGAACGAACCUCAGAUUUGUGUCUCGACGACAAAUAGGAACUUUCCCGGAAGGAUGGGGCAUAAAGAAGGGCAAAUAUAUUUGGCUUCACCGUAUACAGCUGCAGCAUCGGCAUUGACGGGUUACGUCACAGACCCAAGAGAGUUUUUGCAGUAGAAGAGAGAAGCUAAUUUACCGAAGCCUGCCUUCUUGUACGUCUCAUUUAAUUUAUGAUGUAUUUAUAGGGUUAUCUCCUCUUAGAAGAAGUGUGAUCCAAUUAUAUGGAGAUAUUAUAAGAUUAACAUUGGCACUUAUUUGCUUAAUGGGGGUCUCUUAAGAAUAAAUGACAUGGAAAAAAGAGCUCUGUAAUGGAUCCUGGGAGAUGGCUUGCGAGGCAAAAUGGCGUGUUGGAGGGUUUAUUUGAGGACUCAAAAGUGUUGGCUAGAAUUUCAUAUUUCUUUUCUCCGUUUACGGUGACGCCAGUGUAAUAUUUAGAUUUAUAGUAGCCAGAUGGAUUGGCGUGCAUUUUGUCUGUUGUAUGAUUUGAUCAAGUACGUGUUGGAUUCUUAAGGAAAUCAAUGAUGGCGAUUUGUUUUUCCUUUUUU